ACUGUCCUUACGUCGUUCCUCGUCUGCAUCGGUAGCGCUCCGAUUCCGGCUCAGUCUCUCGUUCAUUCUCCCGUGUUAGUCUCGCAAUGGCUUCGAAGGUGCUGGACAUUCGGGAGGGGCAAGAUGUAUAUGUCGAGGAAGAUGAAAAGUUACCAUACAGAUUGGUCAGAAAUCUCGGGCAUGGGCACAGCGCCAACGUGGAGAUGGUAGAGGACAUAUACACAGGCCGUGUCUUCGCCCGCAAGUUAUUCCGCAUACACAGGACUCGUGAUCAGAGAAAGGCAAUAUUCGACAACGAAAUCAAAAUCAUUCGUCGACUGAAGAAUCAUCGCCAUAUUAUACGUGUCUUUGCGACCUACGUUGCGAAGAAGGAAGUCGGAUUGAUUCUGAGCCCGGUGGCGGACGGAGGAGAUCUCGAAUCGUUUCUGAACGAUUUCGCGGUGGGGCAGAUAGCUAGAAAGGGCACGACCGAAAGACGUCUGGUGCGAAAGUCUUUCGGAUGUCUCGCUGCCGGUCUGGCUUUCAUGCACCAACAAAAGAUCCGACAUAAAGAUAUCAAGCCUCGGAACAUUCUCAUUCAUCGAGGAACGAUGAUCUACACCGAUUUCGGCUAUUCCUUUGACUACAGUCUGCCCGAUGGGAGAAGCACCACUACCGGACGCCCAGACACAUUCACUCGAAAGUACUGUGCACCUGAGGUGGUAGAUUGGGAACCUCGAAACUCCAAAUCCGACGUAUUCUCACUAGGUUGCGUGUUUCUGGAGAUGCUUGCCGUUCUCGACGCCCGCGCAACGCUUCCUCACUGCGAUCAGCCGUAUAGUGCAGUGGGGGAGGCUAUCCAAUGCUUGUUCGAGACCCUAGAAGAACGUCAUUCCCGUAAAAAUGUUGGAUCACGUACUACAGUGACCCGUCUAUGGAGUGUAAUCUACAAAAUGCUGUCAUUUGACCCAACUCAGAGGCCAACAGCAUCCUUCAUCACGACCCACAUACGAAAGCAGAGCCCAACUCACUUUUUCUGUAAGGACUGCUCGGAUGAAUCUGGAAAUCUGGAUCCAAAACCUUCAAAUGGGGAUCGCCGCAAUCUAAAGAUAGUAAAAUCUAACAGAACUACCUCCGCCCGGCCCCAAAAUUUGCGCCAGGCCUCAACAGACAGCACCCAGUCCAAAGAAUACACUUGUUGUGAUUCAACCAUGAAGCUCGUCGUCGCUCGAGAAGAUGCAGCCAUUGCAAACUAUGGCAGCAUGUCAAUUGCAUAGUCUUGGCGUCCAUUCUCUCCGACGAUGAAGAGUAUCUGUGCGACAGAUGCAUCUCCCAAUUA